AUGAGCCCAUGCGCAGUGCCAGUCCUUCUUGUUCCUAAGAAAGGUAACCAAUGGCGAAUGUGUGUUGAUAGUAGAGCUAUUAACAAGAUAACCAUCAAGUAUCGAUUUCCUAUCCCUCGACUAGAAGAUAUGCUUGAUGAGUUGGCGGGUUCUAAGAUAUUUUCAAAGAUAGAUCUUCGUAGUGGAUAUCAUCAAAUUCGAAUCAGGCCUGGAGAUGAAUGGAAGACAGCUUUUAAGAGCAAAGAUGGAUUGUAUGAAUGGUUGGUGAUGCCUUUUGGGUUGUCAAAUGCUCCUAGUACUUUCAUGAGAUUGAUGAACCAGAUUCUUCGACCAUUCGCUGGUUCUUUUGUGGUUGUUUACUUUGAUGAUAUUUUAAUUUACAGCAAGACCAAAGAAGAGCACUUGGAUCAUUUGAAGCAGGUUUUGCAAGUCUUACAAGAAAACCAGUUGUACGUUAAUCUGAAGAAGUGUACAUUUUGUACCAACAAGCUGGUAUUUCUAGGAUUUGUUGUUGGUGAAGAAGGGAUUCAGGUUGAUGAGGAGAAAGUGAGAGCUAUUAGGGAUUGGCCUGCCCCUAAAUCAGUCACUGAGGUACGUAGCUUUCAUGGUCUAGCUACCUUCUAUAGGAGAUUUGUUAGAGAUUUUAGUACCAUUACUGCUCCUAUUACUGAGUGUUUGAAGAAAGGGAAAUUCUUUUGGGGGUCUGAACAAGACAAGAGUUUUGCUUUAAUUAAGGAGAAGCUAUGUACUGCACCAGUCUUAGCAUUGCCUGAUUUUGAUAAAGUGUUCCAAGUUGAAUGUGAUGCUAGUGGAGUUGGAAUAGGUGCUGUCUUAUCUCAAGAGAAAAGACCAGUAGCUUUCUUUAGUGAGAAGUUAAGUGAAGCUCGCCAAAGAUGGAGUACUUAUGAUCAAGAGUUUUAUGCAGUAUUUAGAGCUCUAAGGCAGUGGGAGCAUUACUUGAUUCAGAGAGAGUUUAUCUUGUUCACUGACCACCAAGCUCUGAAGUUCCUUCAUAGUCAGAAAGUGAUAAACAAGAUGCAUGCUCGAUGGGUAAGCUUUCUGCAAAAGUUUCCAUUCAUUAUUCAGCAUAAGUCUGGGACUCUCAAUAAGGUAGCAGAUGCUUUGAGUAGAAGAGCUUCCUUACUCAUUACCUUGGCACAUGAGAUUGUGGGUUUUGAGUUACUAAAGGAGUUGUAUGAAAGUGAUGCUGAAUUCAAAGAAUUGUGGGAUAAGUGCAAUGGUAAGCAUCCUUCUGCAGAUUUCCAUAUUCGAGAUGGCUUUCUUUUCAAAGGAGAUAGGUUGUGCAUCCCUUGCUCAUCGUUAAGAGAGAAGUUGAUUCGAGAUUUACAUGGUGGUGGUCUUAGUGGUCAUUUGGGGAGAGACAAGACUAUUGCUAGCUUGGAGGAAAGGUAUUAUUGGCCGCAUCUAAGGAGAGAUGCUGGUGCUAUUGUCAAAAGGUGUUAUAUCUGCCAGACUUCUAAGGGUCAAUCUCAAAAUACUGGUCUUUAUAUGCCUUUACCUGUUCCUGAUGAUAUUUGGCAAGAUUUGUCUAUGGACUUUGUGUUGGGAUUACCUCGUACACAACGAGGUGUAGACUCUGUAUUUGUGGUUGUAGACAGAUUCUCCAAAAUGACGCAUUUUAUCGCUUGCAAGAAGACUGCAGAUGCAUCCAACAUAGCCAAAUUGUUCUUCAGAGAGGUCGUCCGUCUCCAUGGAGUUCCCAAAACUAUAAUUUCAGAUAGAGAUACCAAGUUUCUCAGUCAUUUUUGGAUUACUCUUUGGCGAAUGUUUGGAACAACAUUGAAGAGGAGUUCCACAGCUCAUCCACAAACUGAUGGGCAAACUGAGGUAACUAACAGAACUUUGGGGAAUAUGAUUCGAAGUGUUUGUGGUGACAGGCCCAAACAAUGGGAUUUAGCUUUACCUCAGGUGGAAUUUGCUUACAACAGCGCAAUGCAUUCAGCUACAGGGAAAUCACCUUUCUCUUUGGUCUAUACUUCUGUUCCUAAGCAUGUGGUUGAUUUGGUUAAAGUUGCCUAA